ACCUCUAUUUCGAUAGGAUUUGAUCAUGGAGAUAGAUAGGAUUAGCAAUCUUCCUUGGGAAGUAUUAGACAGUAUCCUAGUUUUGCUGCCACUAAAACAAGUUGUGCAGACUAGCAUCCUAUCGAAAAGUUGGAGACACAAAUGGACGUGCCUCUCACAGUUUGUUAUUGAUGACAAACUCAUCCCCAAUUCCAUAAGAAACGUAGUGGCAAGAUGGAGGUUUAUCAUGAAAAUUCUUCGUCAAGUUCAAGCACAUAACUCUGUCUGUGCGAUAGAGAAGUUUAAGCUCUCUGCUUAUUGCUCCCCAGACAGGUCUGAUUUAGACCAGUGGAUUCAAUAUAUAGCUGAGAAAGGUCUCAAGGAGCUGAUCCUGAAAGAGUCUGCUUUAUUCAACCGCUGUGAUUUCAGGCUGCCUUGUUCACUAUUCUCUUGUCCACAACUGCAUCAUUUGGAGCUCUCCACUUGUGCGAUCAAUCCACCUCUGGAAAGUCACAUUGGAUUCAAGUCUCUCAGAACUCUCCAGCUCAAUAAAGUCAGCAUAACCUCAUGCGUGCUAGAACGGUUAAUUCCCAACUGCCCUCUUCUUGAAAGACUGACAUUGUUGUAUCUUGUUCAUCCUAUCUUUCUGAGAAUCCAAAACCCGAACCUCAAGUAUCUGGAGAUCCAUUCGAAAUUUGAAGAUGUAUGUCUCGCAAGUAGUCCUUCUCUGCUUAGUGUUGAUGUUUCCUUGAGGUGGUGGGACGAUAGCCGAUACUAUAUAAAAUCCAAUUUAUCUAGGGUUGUUGGUCACUUACAUGCUAUUGAGAGACUGAGCCUACAUAGUAGCUUCCUAGAGUUUCUGGGUUGUGAAAGUAUACCAGACAGACUUCCUAGUCAUCUUCAUCAUCUGACAGUUUUUCAACUCAAGGAUUUAAGGUUAGACUGCAUGGCACAAGUGAUGAUGUGCCUCUGCAUUCUUAGAAGUGCUCCAAACUUGGAGAAACUAUUCCUUUUGAUUUCUCAUACUUACUCCACACCUGUUGAGGAAUUUUUAGAAACACAAUCUCAGUCAUCUAAUCUGAACCUUCCCGGACUCAAAACAGUGAACAUAACAGCUGUUGAUGGAUUUGAAUCUAAUUCCGUACUUACAAAGUUUAUAAAGGAUCGGUCCCCCAAUCUAGAACAAAUGACUGUUCUACUUUAUUGAUGGCUCAUAUAAUUAAUCCUUGUAGCAUUUCAUGCUUCCAUGUUUUCUUUGCACACAGUGGCGGUUUAAGCUAAACAUGCUUCCUUUCUUUAGAGAAUAAUGAACAAGGUCUUAAUCUUAUGUUUGUUGAUCAAUUUCAUUGUAAUCCUGGGACAGAUUCGUCUUAUUAUGGUUUUCAAAUAAAGUUGAUUUUAGU